UCCCGCGCAGCCAACUCUUGUUUCGGCGUGGGAGAAACGGAAAAGGGACGCGAAGGUCGAAAGCUCGCUUGAUGAAUCCACGCUGCUAGAACUACGCUUAACUAGUCCGUUUCUGUUGAGAAAUAAAGAGAAAGAGAGUGUGUGGAUAGCAGGCGGCUUGCACUGGCACAAUUUCUGACUCUUGGCAUCACUUCUAGCUAGUAUUAGAAGUGUACCGGUACGAACGCAACGCAACAUAACAAUGGCCAACUUUUUGAAACGUCGCGAUGGUCGUCCUCGUUGGAGUAAGCGAGGCGCAACUGGUAGUAAGGAGAAUCGCUUGCCGACCCGUGCCAUGAUUCAACUGUUGCGACGACGUGAGAAUCCUGCAUCCGCUGCCGCCGACGAUUCGGAUAGUAACAGUGACAUGUCGACGUUUGAUGCUACGCGCGAUUACUACCACAACAACAACAAGUCCGCCGCCGCCGAUAAUGAUGAUGAUAAGCUGUAUCCCAUUCUGCAUCCCACAGCCGACGGCACUGGAUUGGAGGUCAACUUUACCACCACACCUCCUCCACCACCCGUGACUACAGCUACUGGUACUAUUAUUGGUGCCAGUGCCAGUGGAGCAGCCACACCAGCGCGACCCCGCAGUGCCAACAUUGUCUUUAACAAAGCUCCUCAUCGCACUCUGUCUCCACUGACAUUGGAAUCGUCACCGACGGCCAGUACACUCACUAGUGGACAUGUACAAGAACAAGAACAAGAAGAACAACGCCAAGAUGAAGUCGCUACAAAGGACGACACUGCUGCGGUUGUUCCUGACACUAAUGACAACAAUGUUCCCACGGUGGUGUUGAGUACGUUUAGUGCCACUAGUGGUCUUGAGAAUCCUUCCCACCUUCCUCCUCUUCCUUCCAAUAUUUCUUCCAAGGAUACCACCAUUCCAACGACGACUCCCAUGAGCAAGGCAUGCAAGAAUGUCAAGGGCAAGUUCAAGCAGCUCAGUAACAACAAGAAGCAAUCUACUACUACAACACAAGAGACAGUGUCGUCGCUAUGGCAAGAAAUUUGGCAACGCUGUGUCACGGAUUGCUACUGCAUCACCAAUAGCAAUAAUAGCACUCGCAGCAGCACCAGUACGGUAUUGCUAGACGAUGAUGACGACAAUGCCGAAAACUCGGAUUACUUUCAAUUCUUGCCCUUUGCCGGUUGUAUGGAAGAAGAAGAUUUGGCGGAUGUGGUACCCAAAAUAUGUGAAACGAUCACAACGGGACUCCCAAAAGCCAAGAGCAAGGCACUGAUGCAACUGGCACGUCUUUGCGAUCGAGAUCAUCAACACAAUCGCAUUCCACUGGUUUGUCGACAAGAAUCCUGGAAUGUCGUGACUGUACUCUGUCAGUAUGUACUGCAAGAUCCAACUACGACGUGGAAAGAUUAUCGACAGGCAUUGCUCAUUCUCUCCAAUCUCACGUUGCCCAUGGAAAACAAGGCCGUUCUCUUGUUGGGACCUCUCCGGGAGGUUCUCUUGCGUGCACUCUAUCACGGGCUCCGAGUGGGACAUGUCGUCGACACUGACAAGACUACUGCCACAACCAUGACACCCUUGCAAACACAGCAACAAUUGGAGAUUCAUUUGGUCUGUGCUAUUCUAUUCAAUUUGAGCUUUUUGCAAGAUGGAAGAGAGGUAUUGUUGAAUUACAACAUUACUGGCAGUGCUAAAGGCAGCCGAUCGGCAUCACCACUGCAUCAAAAGACAUCACUCUUGCAGACGUUGGAACGCAUGAUGCAACACUUUUUGCCAUACACUACCAAAAAGAAGAACCGACAAGCCAAUGCCGAUUCCGUCGAACGACAAGCCAUUCGAUGGACCUUUGGAAUGAUGCGCAAUCUCUGUCAAGACAAGGACAUGGCACGGACCAUUGGACAAACGCAAAUCCCCAAGAUGGCACUCGAGUUACUCCAGUCGGCAGCGACGUGUGACAAGGCUGCGUACAAGUGGAAGAGUCAGUCGUUGGAAGAUCUUGCAUUGGGCAUGUUGAUUGAAUUGGCACUUCGAGAGAAUGAACAAGAAGCACAGUUCCGUGCCCAACUGGGUACUAUCAAGGGGCAACCAGCACAAAAACAGGAACAUGAACUGUUGGUCCCGAGUUUGUACGCCAUUUCUUGUCGAGACUAUUUGGAACCCUUACUCCAAGUCAGUGGAAUUCACGGGGUGCGAGCACAAGCCAUUGUCAAGCGAUUCGACCGAAAAGAGCAAGAUGUUAUUAUUGUUCCGGUGGACCGAAAAGAGCAAGAUAGUAUUAUUGCGGUGGACCACCAACCACACAACAGGAAACACAUGUCAUCCAUUGCAAGUUUUUGAUGGAUGGAUGGAGAAAAAGAACCCAAGCCGUUUAGGCGCCAAGGAACGCGGCUGGGGGUCUUGAUGUGGGAGGGUAAAAGGGUGGGUGCUUGCUUACGCCGUCGCUCCAAGAAUUUGGAGCAUGUGAUUUGAGUGGUGUGUUGUUUUUGGUGGCUGGUAGUACUGUGACAAGGUUGCAUUGUUUUUAGUUGCUACCUUUUUGUUGUUUGUUUGUCAGGAGAGAGAGAAGAUUAGAUAUAUCCAUUGUCUGGUAUAAGCUAUUUAAAAGAUAUCUUCUCUGGUU